UUCACAUUUGAUCUGGAUUCAAUAAAUCAGCACGGGCGUCGCAUUGACGGCUUCACGGAGGCGGCUUUGGCGAAUCGCAUCAUGAGCCUUCCUCCUUCACCGCUACGCCUCUUUCAUCAACCUUUCUCUGCCUCCGUUGUCAAUCCAAUUUCAGGGAUUGUAGUAGGUCUGUGAGUAAUCUGAUUGAUAGAUCAGAUAAAAAGUUGUAAAGAAUGAUGACAACGAAAAUGAGGAGAGUGGGGAAGUACGAGGUUGGUCGCACUAUAGGUGAAGGCACCUUUGCUAAGGUUAAGUUUGCGAGGAACACAGACACUGGUGAAAAUGUAGCCAUCAAAAUUAUGGCUAAGAGUACAAUACUUAAGCACAGAAUGGUUGAUCAGAUAAAAAGAGAGAUAUCAAUUAUGAAGAUUGUCCGACACCCUAACAUAGUGAGGUUGUAUGAGGUCUUGGCAAGUCCUUCUAAAAUAUAUAUCAUUUUGGAGUUUGUGACAGGAGGAGAGCUCUUUGAUAGAAUUGUUCAUAACGGGAGACUUGAAGAAAAUGAGUCUCGCAAAUACUUUCAACAGCUUGUAGAUGCUGUGGCUCAUUGUCACUGCAAGGGUGUCUUCCACCGUGACCUAAAACCAGAAAAUCUUUUACUCGAUUCAAAUGGAAAUCUGAAGGUUUCAGAUUUCGGACUCAGUGCAUUGCCUCAGCCUGGGGUAGAGCUUCUGCGCACCACAUGUGGAACUCCGAACUAUGUAGCUCCUGAAGUACUUCGUGGCCAAGGUUACGAUGGUUCAGCAGCAGAUAUUUGGUCUUGCGGGGUUAUUCUUUUCGUUAUAAUGGCUGGAUUUUUACCCUUUUCUGAGACAGACCUUCCUGGGUUGUAUAGAAAAAUAAAUGCAGCAGAAUUUGCUUGUCCACCGUGGUUUUCUGCAGAAGUGAAGUCUUUAAUACAUAAGAUACUUGACCCCAACCCCAAAACACGUAUUCAAAUACAAGGAAUUAGGAAUGAUCACUGGUUCAAAUUAAAUUAUGUGCCUAACCGAGUAAGGGAAGAGGAAGAAGUCAAUUUGGAUGAUGUCCGUGCAGUUUUUGAUGGAAUUGAGGGCAGUUAUGUAGCGGAGAAUUUAGAGAGCAAGGAUGAGGGCCCCCUGAUGAUGAAUGCCUUUGAGAUGAUUACCUUAUCACAAGGCUUAAAUUUAUCAGCACUAUUUGAUAGGCGACAGGAUUUUGUUAAAAGACAAACCCGUUUUGUUUCUCGAAGGGCACCUAAUGAGAUAAUUGCUAAUAUUGAGGCUGUUGCGGACUCAAUCGGUUUCAAAUCUCAUACACGAAACUUCAAGACAAGGCUUGAGGGAUUAUCUUCGAUCAAGGCCGGGCAGUUGGCUGUUGUGAUAGAGAUUUACGAGGUGGCGCCAUCGCUUUUCAUGGUGGACGUUAGAAAGGCUGCUGGUGAAACUCUUGAAUAUCACAAGUUCUACAAGAAGUUAUGUGCUAAACUGGAAAACAUUAUUUGGAGAGCGAGAGAAGGAAUGCCAAAGUCAGAGCUUCUCAGAACAAUCACGUUUUGAUCCCCACGAUAUAAGAUUAGAGACAAAGAUGGUCUCCUUUUCAAGUUGGUUUAACAAACAGAUCAAGUUUCUCUCAUGAAAAAGAAUUGAGAUGAAGAGAAGGCUAAAAGUUAAAACCAGCUGAUGCAUACAAGAGCAACAUCAUGUUUACCCAAAGGUCUCUAAGACUUCAGCCCUAUCAUUCUAAACCGAGAAGUUGGUCAUAUUUAUACCAUUUAGCAAUGAUUCUUUUUAUACACAUUUUCUUCUUCUUUUGUACUUAGCCUUAUGAGGGAAUUACUUCUUAUCAUUAUAGUGGACUGGAAUUCUUCUUAUUCACUAUGGUUCUCUUUCUUUUCUUCUUAGAACUUUACUGUAAUGAAUUCCUUGUUGUGCUGAAUUCCUUUACUGAAUUUACUGUGCUAAAAUUCCUUUCUUUUCUUCUUAGAACUUUACUGUAAUGAAUUCCUUGCUUUUCCU